AUCAGUUUUAGUUUCCCCAUCUUUGCCUACAGUGAAGAACAAUAUCUUUAUAGCGAUCCACGAUGCGUCUCGCCAGCGGUCACAUCGCCAUCCAGCUCCACGACGAUGAGCUAAAGAAGAUCAAGAAGGACUUUGAGGGUUUUGGCAAAGGCUUGGUUCGCCUGACACCCGGAGGGUGGCUGUUGCCUGCGCCUUACACCAAGUUCGCAGACAAGAUCUAUAAUACGAAGUUCCGUGAGACUGACGUGGUCAUAAUGACGUACCCGAAGUGCGGAACGACGUGGACGCAGGAGGUCGUGUGGACCAUGAGGAACAACCCGAACCUCGACCACCCGAAGGCCAGCGCCCCGGUGAACGUCCGCUCACCGUUCAUGGACUCCGACAUGCUCAUGGAAAUGGGCAAAGAAGGGAAGGAGCAGGGCGGUCCAAUGCUACAGAUGUUCCAAAAAGUCCUCCCGGACGCCGACCCCAACGAGGGCAUCGCGCUACAGCUGACCGCCAGCAUCCCUGACCCGCGAACCAUCAAGACGCACCUGCCGUUUUCCCUCAUGACCCCUGACCUCCUCGAUACGGCCAAGGUGAUCUACGUGGCAAGGAACCCCAAGGACGUGGUCUUGUCCUUCCUUCACCACAGCCGACUGAUUAAGUCCAUUGGCUACAUCGGCUCCUUGGAACAAUAUGUGGACUACUUUGUGAAAGACGAGUUGAUCUACGGGCCGUACUGGGAGCACCUGCGCGAGGCCUGGCCCAAGAGGGAUCACCCCAACAUGCACUUCGUCUUUUACGAGGACAUGAAGGCGGACCCCAUGGCAGAGUUGAGGAAACUGAACCAAUUUCUCGGAACUGACCUGACGGAGGAACAGCUGGAGAAGAUCGCUCACUACACCAGCUUCGGGGAAAUGAAGAAGCGAGAGGAGGAGACGGUCCUGCCGAAGGAAAUGGAGACACAUUUCAAGCAGGAAGUAAAGAAGAAGGAUGGAGGAUUCUACAGGAAAGGCGAGGCCGGAGGUUGGAAGGGCCGUCUCAACGACAUGCAAGAAGCUAAAAUAGAUAUUUGGACGAAGAAGAACACGCUAAAACUCGGAAUCAAGUUCAAGUAUUCAGCUUAAUAUCAAGAUGAUGAUAGUGACUUAGUCAAGAAAUGUAUAGCAUCGUGUGUAAAGUAUUGCCUGGAAAUAAAACACUCUUGUAAC